AUGACCGAACGCAAGAUUCCGCCAAGCAACGUGCCUGACGAUAAAGUCCCCCGGGAGUCAUCCAAAGGCGAGCCAACGAAAGACCUCGAGACCUCCGCCAGAGAAGUCCCCGCGGAACCUGACACGUCAUCGACCAACGAUCCUCAAAAUGGCCAACCUCAACCAGACGACGACUCGCUCGAAAAGAUAAGAUGGGCCAAAGAAUGGAUCAAGCAAAACCCCAAAGCAGCAGCAGCUCUCGGUCUCACAGCCGGCGGACUAACGGUAGUUGCUGCUCCCGCGCUGCUUACCGGACCGGUGUUGAGUUUCAUGGGAUUUGGUUCUAGUGGUGUUGUAGGAGGGUCUAUCGCAGCCGGAAUCCAAGGCAUGAUAGGUAACGUCGUGGCUGGUAGCUGGUUUGCGACCGCUACGAGCGCUGCGAUGGGAGGGUAUGGAGUCCCUGUUGUUGCGGCUGUUGGGCAAGGGGUUGGGGCGGCGGCGGCGUUUGUGGGUGGCGCGUAUGCUACUAAGGAGUUGAGGAAGGAGCAAGCGGGUGAGGAGGAGGAGGCUAAGGAUGAGGAUGGUGAGGUUCCGGAGGAUCCAAAGGAUGGCGAUGAUGAAGAUGGUGCUGUUACGGAGAAGGAGAAGGCCUCUCGUUGGAGGCAGAGUGGGCUGGGCCGCAGGGAUUUUGACGACGAGUCUACUCUGUUGGAUAACUCUGACUCCGAGAACUCUGACGACAACUGGCUUUAG